GGAGGCCAACGCCACCUCCUUAGACCUUGACCUCGAACGCGACACACAGGACACACCUUACAGGACAGCUACUAUACACAAAACUCCCUCGCUGGUAAAGAUGGCGUCGUCAUUAUCGUUGAAGAUCUCGAUCGACGGCGGCAAGGUGGUGAAGACGAUCCAGUUCGAGCCGUCGACGAAGGUGUACGACGCGUGCCGCAUAAUCAGGGAGAAGAUCCUCGAGGCCAGCUCUGGGGAACCAAAAGAAUAUGGGCUAUUCCUGGCAUCCGACGAGGACAAUAAGAAGGGUAUAUGGCUGGAAGCGACGCGCAGCCUUGAUUACUACAUGCUGCGCAACGGAGACGUUCUCGAGUACAACAAGAAGACUAGGAAUCUGCGCGUGCGCAUGUUAGACGGAACGGUAAAAACGCUGCUGGUGGACGACAGUCAGAUCGUGGCCAACCUCAUGGUGGUGAUCUGCACCAAGAUCGGCAUCACCAACUACGACGAGUAUGGACUGGUCCGCGAAGAACAGAAAGACGAGCCGGACCCUUGCGAGAAGCCCAACUACGGAACCCUGACGCUGAAGCGGAAACACCAGGAGAAGGAGCGCGACACCAAGAUGGAACAGCUUCGGAAGAAGUUGCGCACUGAUGAUGAAGUGAACUGGGUGGAGCCGUCGAAGACGCUGCGCGAGCAGGGCGUGGACGCGGCGGAGACGCUGCUGCUGCGCCGCAAGCUGUUCUUCAGCGACCGCAACGUCGACUCGCGCGACCCCGUGCAGCUCAACCUGCUCUACGUGCAGGCCAGGGACGCCAUCCUCGACGGCACGCACCCCGUCACGCAGGACAAGGCGUGCGAGUUCGCGGGCAUUCAGUGUCAGAUACAAUUCGGUGACCACAGAGAGGAUAAACACACGCCGGGAUUCUUAGA